AUGGGUUCGGGUCAGUCAACGACGGGCGCCCCUGGGCCAACCAUGUACACGGCGACAGCUUCCGCAUCUGUCGCCGCAGCGCAAGCGACCGCCUUGACCUUGAGCCCUACGAGCAACGUCGCCGGCAAGAAUUUCGAUCGCUUCGUUCAGAUCUUCCUAGAGAACCAGGACUUUGACAUUGCCGCCGGUGACCCGAACUUGGCGUACCUCGCGACCCAGGGUAUUGUCCUCGACAACUACUACUCGAUCACGCAUCCGUCGCAGCCAAACUACAUCGCCGCCGCGGGAGCCAGCACUCACGGUGUACUGCUUGAUAACUUCGCACGCAUCAGCGCCGAUGUCGAGACGAUUGUUGAUCUCCUGGAGGCAGGCGGGGUGAGCUGGAGUCUGUACCAGGAGGACAUGCCAUACUCGGGCUUUGAGGGCGACUAUGUGAACCAGCAGAACGGCGCCAACGACUACGUGCGCAAGCACAACCCUCUGAUGAGCUACGAUUCGGUUACCGAGGAUCUCAACCGUCUGGCAAAGUCCAAGAACUUCACAAUGUUCGACAGAGACCUAGCGGCCAACACUCUGCCACAGUGGAUGUUCAUCACGCCCAACAUGACCAAUGACGGACACGACAGCUCCGUUACCGUCGCUGGCAAGUGGGCGAGGAAUUGGCUGACGCCGUUGCUCAAUAACAAGAACUUCAACACGGACCGCACCUUGAUCGUACUCACGUUCGACGAGUGUGAGAACUACUUUGCUGCCAACAGGGUGUUUACUGUAUUGCUUGGGGGCGCUGUUGCCGGCAAGAAGGGGACCACCAAUUCCACCAAGUUCAACCAUUAUAGCUUGACCAAGACGGUGGAGGAUAACUGGAACCUGGGCAAUCUAGGCGAGAAUGAUGUAGGUGCUGCAGCGUUCUUCUAG